UCCAAUGAUCUGGCCCGUAAUUAUUUGUGUCCAUCAAGGGUCACUUGAGCUCCAUAACGCUAGAGGAAGUGAGAGCAAGGAUAAAAGCAUUCAAAGCGUUUCCCGGCCGUAGCAGGCUGUGACAGGGUGAUAGCGAGAGAUCCCCUGGGCUGACUCGACUCAUUCAAUGGUGAACAGCUUUACGUGGUGAGGUUCUGCCCGUGCUGAGCGGGGGUCCGGGAUUGUGUUCACGAUUCGCUGCUUUGAAUGACCUGACAGCAUAUCUCGUCCGGUUGGGACCUACACUCGUCGCCUGCAUCCCAAAUAGCACCGCAUAGCGGCCUUUCCAUUGUGCAAUGCUCGACCGAGUCUGAAAUUAUUUUGGUGCAAGAAAACUCGACCGGCAAUAGUAGAUCUACCUGUGACAGCUACCAAUAGGCAAUACUGGCAAUACCGAGGCUGCGGCACUAGUAGUUUACUCUGUGGCUGCGGCAGAGACAACGCUUGCUGGAUGCCGUGGAUCUAGAAUGGCAAGGACUGUGAGGGUGUGGAGAUCUCUGCUGGUCGUGGUCGGGUUGUUGCUCUGUGUGGUGGGCUCACACUCUGCCGCCCUGUGUCUAGUGGAUCCCAGAGAAGCGGACAUUGCAAUUCCCUCUGACAGAAAUCCAUACUUCGCUACCAACAAUCCGCAGAGCGUAUACAACGUUACGUACGGCCAGAAGAUUGAAAUAUUCUGCGUAUCGACGUGCUUCAGGCAAUAUGUUUCCUGUGAAACGCAAAACCUUGACACCGGAAAGAAGUACUAUUGCGCGGGCCAUGUCGCCGGAGGGAAUUCCGAACAGCGCAGCUUCCUGUUCAGCAAUAUCUCACCGUCGGACGUGGGCACGUAUCGUUGUAAUACCACCGGAGACAACAGCAGCAGCACAGAGUUUGAAAUCAUAGGUCCUGAGGUUAUCACCACAUCUCCAAUAUCAACAAGAGUAAUGGAGACUAUCUUGCCAGAGCCAGACCGAGAAUCCUCCACGAAUAUAAACACAAGGUCAGACGCCACUGGCAUAUCUACCGAAGCGACACAGACAAGUAGCGCGCCAAAUGUCACCUCUGAGUCCAUUCCACCACUGGGGGAAGCCCCGGCAACUGAACUUGAGCCAGGCCAAGUGGCAGCUUUUGUCGUGGGAUCAAUCAUCAUAACAGUAAUAGCUGCGGCCGCAAUUGUCAUGUUCUACCUUUAUCGGAAACAGAAACGUUCUUGGCUUGUGCUAGGGCCCAAACGGCGGAGAAGUCAUGUUGGAGAGGAGGAGAAAGAUUCUGCAACGGAUGUUGGGUCCUCCAGUACUGAAGACGGAUCUCGCUACAAAUCCAUAGCACCCUCGGGACCACACAAGUUUGAUGCUAUCCAGGAUGUGCUCAGAUGGAAAGGUCAGCCGUUCUACAUCAACGAAGACACCAUGCAGGGCUACGUGGUGAAAAUGGAGCAGAUCAAAAUUGGCGAGGAGAUCGGUCGGGGCGCUUUUGGCAUCAUUCAUCAUGGCGUUGCUAUGAAUGUUGACGGCUUGGAUCCCCAUACGGAAGUUGCGCUCAAGUGGGCAAAAGAUGAGUCGCAAGUUUCGUCGCUGGUAGAGAUCGGCAAGGAGAUAUUGGCAUUAUGGGAGCUUGGACGGAAAGCUCACCCCAAUGUUCUCUCAAUGCUCGGCGUGGGCUUCUCAGACGGUAGCCCAGUUUUGCUAUUGGAGUACGCAGCUCUUGGAGAUCUCUUGGGUGUGUUGCGCAAGCGGCGUGGUGCGUCUGACCGAGUUAAGCGACAGCUACUGAAGCUGGAUAGCAUCGUGUGCGAUGGCGAAGAAAACAUAAAAGAUCUAGCAAAGGUUUUCAGCACCAAAACACCCGGAGCAUUCAGGACCAUGCCGAAUAAGGAUGACCUGCUGAGAGCGGAUAAUGUGUUUGCGUUUGGUCGCCAGAUAGCAAGAGGAAUGGAGUUUCUCACCUCAAAACAUUAUAUUCAUCGCGAUCUCGCAGCCAGGAACAUACUGGUCACCAAUAACUACGUUCUGAAGAUUUCCGAUUUCGGACACUCUCGCACAGUGGAGGAUACCGGCGGCAUCUACCAACGCUCUAGCAACAAGCACAUUCCGGUCAAGUGGCAUGCCAUCGAGUCACUGAGAAAGGGCUCCUAUACUGUCAGCAGUGAUGUGUGGUCUUUUGGAGUUGUGCUCUGGGAGAUUACGACACUGGGCUGUGUGCCGUACCCGGAGGUGGCCACGCACAACAUGCUAGCUCUGCUGAAGGCCGGACACCGCAUGGAAGAACCACCAGCGUGUCCACAACAUUUGUAUAAAAUGAUGCAAGAGUGCUGGAAUCAUAAUCCUGAACAGCGACCAUCAUUUCAAGAGCUUGCGGAAACCUUGGAUGAUCUCUUAGAGAAGGCAGCUAAAAUGUCCAGAGGUGUCGAUUAUCUCACCGUCGACAGUGACGCUGACUCUGAUGACCUGGAUGUCAGUGAAGCUGAAGUGGAGGCUGAAGAGGAUCACGACACACUGCCUGGUUCAGGACACCGGCUUACCCACGUCCACGUGCGACCGCCGCCAACCACAUCUUCGGUUUGACGAGCAGAACCUUAUUCAGUCAACCUUGAGGUGCUUUGCACUAUUUCUACAUGACUACGCUACAGACAAGAACUGCUUGACUUUAUCUGUGAUGUUUUUAAAAGCGAUUUUGCAGAGUAAUGUGUUAGAUACCGACUUGUGGCUGUAGCCUGAUAGUGCCAUGCUUCAUACUGGCUUGCUGUUCAGCAGAACUCACCGUAACAACAAGCCACGCACAAUGAAAGUGUGGAGUGCAUUCUCCGAAGGUAGUACUAAUAUUAGUACUUGAUGAUCCUCACUGCCACCACCGAUCCACAGCCUUGUUUACCAGUCUGGUAAUCUAGUGGUCAGGGUAAUUAUCCCAGACCUGGUAUCGCCCAUGCAGUGCUAACACUAUCAGCCGCAAAACAAAUAGCUCUUCAAAACCUACUUUGACAUACAGUGUUUGGGUGAAAGUAUCUUCAUGUUAAUGGAUUGAUUGGCCAAGUUUUCAUGUUGAUCAAUUCAACAUUACCAAAGGUUGCAAGCAAUGUACUGAUUUUACCAAGCCAUUGUAGAUCAUUUAUAUUGAGAUUGAGGUUUCAUCAACUUUCCUUGAGCCAUUUGUUUUCACUUUGGCAUUUGGUCUUCAAAGUAAAUUAUCUCUAGGAGGUCCAGCUAAUCUUUUCCGCGCUUGGAACACUUGACACAAUUGUACUUUUCAAUUUCAAUAGUUUUGUUACUUCAAUAUGAAUCACUGAAGUACUACUUUCAAAGAGC